GCCUACGGUGGCUGACUGGAGUCAAGCACGUGCAGGAGUUAACACGGGGAAGCCUAACUCAAGAGAUAUGUGAGACAACUUCCCUUUUGUAUGUCCCCGUUCUUUUCGAGAAUUCCGCUCGGAGCUUGAGUUCCGUCUCCCGAAUCAGGUUCAAGAGCCCGCUGCCUAUUCUACCCCUCAAGGCACUGGCAAGUAAAGAUGUUUGAGCCCAAGAGCUGCACCUACACUUACCUCCUGGGUGACAGAGAGUCCCGAGAGGCCAUUCUGAUCGACCCGGUUCUGGAGACAGCGCAUCGGGAUGCCCAGUUGGUCAAGGAGCUGGGGCUACGGCUGCUGUAUGCUGUGAAUACCCACUGCCACGCGGACCACAUUACCGGCUCCGGGCUGCUCCGGUCCCUACUCCCCGGCUGCCAGUCUGUCAUCUCCCGCCUUAGUGGGGCCCAGGCUGACGUGCACAUUGAGGAUGGAGACCCCAUCCACUUCGGGCGCUUCGCCUUGGAGACCCGGGCCAGCCCGGGCCACACCCCAGGCUGUGUCACCUUCGUCUUGGAUGACCACAGCAUGGCCUUCACUGGAGAUGCCCUGCUUAUCCGAGGGUGUGGGCGGACAGACUUCCAGCAAGGCUGUGCUAAGACUUUGUACCACUCAGUUCAUGAAAAGAUCUUCACACUUCCAGGAGACUGUCUGAUCUACCCUGCUCAUGAUUACCACGGACUCACAGUAUCCACUGUGGAGGAGGAGCGGACUCUAAACCCUCGGCUCACCCUCAGCUGUGAGGAAUUUGUCAAGGUCAUGAGCAAACUGAACUUGCCCAAACCUCAGCAGAUAGACUUUGCUGUUCCAGCUAACAUGCGCUGUGGGAUCCAGACCCCCCCUUCCUGACUCUCAGGUGCUCAUAUCCAGUUAAUAAUGCACUAGGUGGCGUGAGGGGAGCGGUGCCAUUACCAGAGCCUCUCUUAUCUUCCCCUCCCUUACCAGCCUCUCAAGAUUCUUAAAUAAAAAAAAUAUUUUUUUUUUCCUCUGAA